AUGGAUCUGAAGACUGAAAACUCCUCAAAUGGCUUCACAGCAGAGAUCAGCUUGGAGAAGUUACACAAGAUGGCUGCAGAGCUGAUACUGCCGGGAAAAUUCAUCCUCAGGCUCCUGAAUGCUGCUCUGGUGUUGGUGACCAACUUACUGGCCAGAGUUUUAGGAAGCAGCCUGGUCAGAGGACACUUCCACCUGAUGCUGUCUGGCUUGGUUCUGUUUGGUCCUGUGCUGACUCUCUGGGUGUCGAAGUACAGCAUCUUCGCCAACAGCAACCACUACCUGUACAGGAAAUUCCUUAAGUCCACUUGGGGUUGGACCUGCACCUUCACAGGUUCCUUCAUCCUCCUUCUCUCCAUCUCAGCCCGUCACUCCCCCUCCCUCUCCCUCCGCCACCUCUCUCGGAUAGGGGUCGUGGGGUUGCUGUGGUGGGGCUGCCAGCGUCUCCUGACCCUUUUGGAGGACGCAGCAGGAACCUGUUAUGAACCUAUGACCCCUGCCCAGGAUAUCCAAGGGGCUGCCUCCUCGGCGCAGCCCCUGCUGCUCCUGCAUGAAGACCAGACCAAAGCCUCCUGCCUCAGAGCCAACAUGCUGUGGAGAGGUUAUGAAGCGUCCCAGGACGUCCUCAUCCUCUGCUUGUGUUGUCUGCUGCUGGUCGAGGAAUUGUCUGUCUUUGGCCCUUACCUGGCUCAAACAAAGCCUCAGCAGAGGUCGCCUGGUGGCCCUUUAAGGUUCCUCUUCCUCCUGUGUGUACUCCUACUCGCUGUUUGGAUGUUCCUGCUGCUGUGUUUGCUCGCACACUUCCCUAAAUUCCCCUCCCAGCAACUGGGGGGAGCUCUGGGCUACCUGGGAUGGAGAGGACUAUAUCAGGGAUGGUACAGACUCAAACCGAGCUGGAGCUGUCCCUGUCUGCCAGGAGAGGGACUUUUUACCACCACAGACAUCGACAAACAGACUCAGUAGUAUGAAACCCUCGGCGGAUCAUGUUUUGGGGAUGUGAUUGUAACCUUAAAUCACAGUUUUUCAUUAGGAUUAAGUAAAGCACACACCUGUGACAACACUACAUAACUCGUUAAUCUACGACCUCAUUUUAAUUUUCCCUUUGAACAAAAGAAGCACAGACAGAAUCAUGUUGCUUUAUUUUGUAAUCUGAACGAAAAUGAAUGCACAGUAAGAAAAAGGAGGCAUUUCUGUCAGGGCAGGUGUAUUGUUACUUGAUAAGAGUGUCACACUACACUGGUUGUAUCUUGUUGGAAAGCCUGCGAGUGUGCUGGAGUGAGUCUCAGUAGAUGAGAGCUUUGCCGUCUCCUCUGGGUUUCUUAAUCUUGUCAUAGUUCUUGUUAAUGAUGUCAAACAGCACCGCCUGAAGAGAGAAAUCCAGACAGAGACAUCAGUGGAAAUGUAGUGCGAGAAAGACAGGAGAAAGACAGACAGCAUGUGAAAGAGACAGAAAGGUGCUAAUAAAAGAGAGAGACGCCCUAAUCCAGAGUUGUAUUUGUGUCAAACAGCUCCUUUCAUCAUCACCUGUACCGCCUUGUUCAUUAACAGCAUCAAACACAGGAGGACAAUAGCCAGAGGAAGGAGACAAACAGUCAUUAAUGGAUGAGAGAUGGAGCGCCAAUCAAUUUAACACAAGCACAGCAAUUAGUUUAAUUACCCUCCUAUUAAGAAGGAAUGGAUUCCAUUUAGCCACCGUCCCCGCUGCCAGGACACAGCUUGAAUAUUUUAUAGAUGUGUGGGCAAUUUUAUUCAAAAUACAAUGCAUGAUUACAACAUGGUACAUGAAUAUGAUAAUGCAAUAUUCAUAUGACAUGUAUGCAGUCUUUAAUGCAGUCAA